GGCGGAGGAUGCGCGUGUAUGGCCAGAAACGUAAAGCUUCAAGGACCAGCAGCUGCUGGGAACGUGGCAGGCAGGAGCCGUGUCCAGUGGCCGGGGCUCCUGGAUGCUGCUGCCGCCGCCACCGCCGCCGCUGCCUUCUCUCCUAGCCCAGGAAGCAGCACGGCGGCAGCGGCUGCUCCGCGCCGGCGGGAGCCGGGGAAGCCCCGCGGCGGGCAGCGGGGGCCCGGGCCUAAGCUCCGGAGCGGCUGCGGCUGCGGUAGCUGCGGUGGUGGCGGCGGUGGCGGCCCGAGCACGGCGACGCUUUACGUCCCGUCCACCCCGCCACACACCCCCUCCCUCCUCCAGCGCCGCCACCCCCUCCCCGCCCGCCCGCCCGCCCGCUCCGCUCUUCCCUCUCUCGAUUGGAGCCGAGACAAAAGCAACGGGAAGCGGCGGGCCGGGACGCUACCCGCGGACCCCGGGCGCGACCGGACCAGCCCCGAGGCAUUCCCCCGCCUUGAGGGGGCCCCCAAUCCGCCUCCCCCGCCGCGUGCCCCGCCGCCAGACUUCCGAAAAUUGGCCAAAAACUCACCGCAUGAAUUUUCUUGUCCCGCGGAUCCAAGAUGGCGACGUAUCCACCGCGGAGGCUGCUGGGAGCAAGACCUUUACCCUCUGACCCCCGCCGUGACCCCCGUCGCUCCGACUCCGCUCGAAGGCGGCGGCGACGGCGGCUGCAGCAGCAGAAGCCGGCGAGCGAGCGAGGCUCGCCGAAUGGACGGAACGCCGCCCGUACGCCAGUCGACCGUGAGAAGCACAACGCUCGCCUGGAGCCUUCCCGGGCUUCCGCCGCCUCCCGCGGAAGGGAAAUUCAAGAAGGAACAACACAGUCCUACAUGGCCCCUCCCCCAACCGUGCCUUCCUGUCUCGUCUGCUUUCUCUUCCUCUCAAGUUAGCAUCUACUGCCAUAAGGUAGUGUGUUCAAAGACUGGCUACUCUAGGCGUGUGCAGCUCAUGUGCGUGAAUGCAUGCAAUGCAGAGCACCUUAAUCUGGCUGCUCGUUAUUGGGAGCCCUUAAUGUGUAUGUAGUAGCAUUAUCACAUUAAGUAACAUUAAAUAUUCUAAUUCAUUACUCUUCUUACGUAUAUUAACUUAAAAACACAUUUUUGUCAAAAUUUAAACAUUGCUGUCACUGGGGAAGGUCUGAGAGUAUUGCUAUGCUUGGACUUUACCAGGUGAGAUAAGACCAUUUUCUUAAUUAAUGUGUGGAACAGGGAUGCUAGGAAAAACUCCAUGAACGUCCUAGCAUUUGCUAAAGGCUGUAUUGAUGGCUCAACGUGACGAUGUAUGCACUCAAUAAAAGAUGUAUGCACUCAAUAAAAAUCUUAAAUCA